AUGCAGCAAAAACAACAAAAUAAUAGAAAUGAAAAACUAUCGAUAAUAACAGAAUACAACCAAAAUCCUAUAGAAAUAGAAAUAAACCAAGAAUCAAACUCACUAUAUCUAAAACCAAUAACCAAUAGACUUGGAACACCUGGUGCCCAAUGGAAUGACUUUAACCUGAAGACGCCCAACGAAAAUAAACCUAAUCCAAAGCUGGAAAAGGCAAAUUUAAUCAAAACUGACAAGAAAACAUCUGAUGGAAAAAACCAAUAUUUCCAAUACUAG